UUGUUACGUCAUGGCCAACGUCUAAUAUGUGUCGCCCAAGCUCAACAUUAGCAGCCACUGAUCACGUAAGCAAGGGCCAAUAGAUGAAGUGCUCCCCAAUCCACACGAGCCGUAAUAAUUUUCAGCUCUCUUCACCGUCCGAGUCAAAAAGGGCGCGCACAUCGGCCUUGAAACUUCACCUAUAAACUUGAAGCGCGUGUCGGUUAUUACCAAAUUCCCCUUCAACAAAGCAAAGCUUUUGAAUAGCGGAUGAACCUGCGUAGACUCUCUUUCAGAAUGGCCGAAGAAAUCUCCAGGUCCGCCUCCGACCUCCGACCCUCUGCCUCCACCGCCGCCGUCGCCGCCGCCGCCACAGAGUCAAAGUCAAAAUAUUUCUGGCCCUCCGUCCUCCGCUGGAUCCCCACCUCCACCGAUCACAUCAUCGCCGCCGAGAAUCGCCUCCUCUCUAUCGUCAAGACUCCGUAUGUGGUGGAGCGGGUCAAUAUCGGGUCGGGCCCGCCCGGGUCGAACGUGAGGUGGUUCAGGUCUGCAAGCAAUGAGGAGAGGUUUAUCAACACGGUCACUUUUGACAGCAAAGACGAGUCUCCUACUAUUGUGAUGGUUCAUGGAUACGGUUGCUCGCAAGGUUUCUUCUUCAGGAACUUUGAUGCUCUGGCGAGUCGGUUCAGGGUUAUUGCUAUUGAUCAACUUGGCUGGGGUGGAUCAAGCAGACCCGAUUUUACAUGCAAAAGCACUGAAGAAACCGAGGCAUGGUUUAUUGAUUCUUUGGAAGAAUGGCGGAAAGCCAAAAAUCUCAGCAACUUUAUAUUACUUGGACAUUCAUUUGGUGGCUAUGUUGCAUCCAAGUAUGCUCUAAAGCAUCCGGAGCACAUUAAGCAUUUGGUUUUAGUGGGUCCUGUUGGUUUCUCCUCGGCAGAAGAUGCAAGGAAUGAACGGAUCAUGCAGUUCAAAACAACAUGGAAAGGAGCAAUUAUUAACCAUUUGUGGGAGUCUAAUUUUACUCCUCAGAAAUUAAUCAGAGGGUUAGGGCCUUGGGGUCCAAAGAUUGUUCGGGGUUACACAAAUAGUAGAUUUGGCGCUCGUGAUGCAGGGACCACCCUGAAUGAGCAUGAAGCCCAACUGCUAACAGAUUACAUGUACCAUACUUUAGCUGCCAAAGCAAGUGGAGAGUUGUGCUUGAAAUAUAUUUUUUCUUUCGGAGCAUUUGCUCGGAAGCCUCUUCUUCAGAGUGCACCAGAGUGGAAAGUUCCAACUACCUUUAUUUAUGGCUAUCAAGAUUGGAGUAAUUAUCAAGGGGCUCAAGAAGCUCGCAAGGAUAUGAAGGUCCCGUGUGAGAUUAUUAGAGUUCCUGAGGCGGGACACUAUGUAUUCAUAGACAAUCCGGAGGGUUUCCAUUCAGCUGUUUUCCACGCUUGCCGGAGAUUUCUGUCACCUGACCCAGACAAUGAAUCCUUGCCUGAAGUAUAUAUGUAUUUGCUAUGAGAUCCCAUAUGCUAUACUCAUGUAUGCAUAAAUACCGACCUGACAGUGUUUGGUAUCUGUACAUCUAUGAUAUCUUUACAGAGGACAAACGACUUGUCCAGUUUUAAUAAAA